AUGUUUCAAAACUUGAACAAUAUCUCGUUUUGAAAAUAUCAGGUUUCAAAACUCCUUUAAAAAUUCGACAAUUUAAAGUUGGACAAAGUAAUCCUACUUAUCUCUUAAUAGAUGCUAAUAAAAAAUACUAUGUGCUUCGAAAGAAACCUCCGGGAACACUUUUAUCUAAAACAGCCCAUGCUGUUGAGCGAGAAUUUAAAGUACUUGAUGCGUUAGGCCGUAACACUGAUGUACCUGUGCCAAAAGUGUAUCUUCUUUGUGAAGAUAAUGAAAUAUUAGGAACACCAUUUUAUGUAAGAUUUUUUUUCUUUAAGUAA